ACCAGUACCGGAAGUUUUAAACUCUUAAAGCGGCACGUCCAACGUCAGGAGGACGUAUUCCUGCCAAAAUGAUCAGUAAAGUGAUCGGUGCGAAGUAUGCAGCUAUUGCUAAAUUAUGGAUCCCAACUCUGGCUGUAUGGGGCACAGCUGGAGGCGUAGCUCUCGUCCACUUCACAGACUGGCGAGUGAUAUUGGAUUAUGUCCCCUACGUCAGUGGCAAAUUCAAGAAGGACGAGUAGUGGCACUCAGGUUGCUGCUAUUUUUUACACAAAGACUUAAGUGAUGAACAAAAAACUGCUGCGGCUCGUACCUGGUGUGCCGGGCCACUGGAAGCUGUCAUCUUCACCCUGCAGCUCGGUCAACAUUGAACUGUUCACCAUCAUCAUCUUCUGAAGUGCACUGGAGUUUGUCAUUUCAGCGUUCUUUCAGGGAAAACGUGGAUGGAAGGAAUAUGAAAACGCAGAUGAUAAAUGGACUUUGGUUUUGAGGGUCAGGUAUUUAUUUUAAUCAUCAGUCUGCUGUGGGUCAAACCUGAUUCACGAAUUGGAAAAUCUGUCCGUCAUGUCAUACUGUAAUUGUUUUGGAGAAAAGAAGUAAAGUAUGAGAUGUGUCCUA